AAAUCGAGAGGACCCCCCAGUCCUCACUCCUCAUAACGGCUACAUUUCUGUCUCUCCUCUUCUUCUCUGUCCUGUCCUAACCAAGAUCUCAACUCUUUCUCUUCACGUCUAGGGCUUCUCUCUCUCUCUCUCUCUCUCUCUCUCUCUCUCGACUUCUGUUCAGAAUGAAGAGCUUCAUACAACCAAAGAGUGGAAUUUUGAGGAAUAAUCCAUCCGCUGAAACCUCUUCUCCUAACCCUAGUCCUUUCAAGCAGAGAUCUUCUCGUAGACAGAAAGAAAACGCUCCACCACCGGAUCAAAAUGCAUUGCCGGAUUCUGCGUCAUCACCGUCGCUGGCGACCGCAAAAUCAGCUGGGGCGACCGGAAAAAGCAGAAGCCCUCUGCCACCUAGACCUCCAACUUCAAAUUCGAACCCCCUCAAAAGGAAGCUUAAUAUGGAAACAGUUUUCGAAAAUGGUGUUCCAGGGACUUCCGAUUCCGGAGUAAAAGUAAUAGUAAGGAUGCGGCCUCCAAACAAAGACGAAGAGGAAGGAGAGUUGAUUUUACAGAAAGUUUCGAGUGAUUCCUUGUCGAUUCUUGGGCAGACCUUUACAUUCGAUUCUGUUGCUGACAGUGGUGCAACACAGCAAGAUAUAUUCCAGCUCGUGGGAGCCCCUCUGGUGGAGAACUGCCUCGCUGGGUUUAACAGUUCCAUCUUUGCAUAUGGACAGACCGGUAGUGGAAAGACAUAUACAAUGUGUGGACCUGCCAACGCCCUGUUGGAGGAAAAUUCAUCGAGCAAUCAACUAGGCUUGACACCUCGUGUCUUUGAGAAGCUUUUUGCACGCAUAAAUGAGGAGCAAAUUAAGCAUGCUGAAAAACAGCUCAAGUAUCAAUGCCGAUGUUCUUUUCUUGAGAUUUACAAUGAGCAAAUCACUGAUUUGUUGGACCCUAAUCAAAAGAACCUCCAGGUUAGAGAAGACGUGAAAACAGGUGUUUAUGUUGAAAAUCUGACAGAGGAGUAUGUAUGUACAAUGAAGGAUGUGAAACAGCUUUUGAUAAAGGGAUUAUCUAAUAGAAAGACUGGUGCAACAAGUUUAAAUGUAGAGAGUUCCCGUUCACAUAGUGUUUUCACUUGCAUUGUAGAAUCACGUUGCAAGAGCAUGGCAGAUGGUCUAAGCAGCUUCAGGACUAGUAGAAUAAAUCUUGUUGAUCUUGCUGGAUCAGAAAGACAGAAACUGACAGGAACAGCAGGGGAACGCUUGAAAGAAGCAGGGAAUAUUAAUCGAUCCCUUUCACAGCUUGGGAACCUGAUAAAUAUUCUCGCCGAAGUCUCCCAAACUGGAAAGCAAAGGCAUAUCCCUUACAGGGAUUCUAGGCUGACAUUCUUAUUGCAGGAAUCUCUAGGUGGCAAUGCAAAAUUGGCAAUGAUUUGUGCCAUUUCUCUUGCACAAAGCUGUAAGAGUGAAACGCUCAGUACAUUGAGAUUUGCACAGCGUGCUAAGGCCAUUAAGAACAAGGCAGUUGUUAAUGAAGUAAUGCAGGAUGAUGUGAAUGUAUUGCGAGAAGUGAUACGCCAACUAAGGGAUGAGCUUCUACUAAUGAAGGCAAAUGGUAAUUCAACAAAUACAAAUGGAGGUUAUUCUACUGGGUGGAAUGCGCGUAGAAGCUUGAAUCUCUUAAAAUUUAGCCUCAACCGCCCGAUGACAUUACCUCAUAUUGAAGAUGACAGUGAUGAGGAGAUGGAAAUUGAUGAGGAAGCUGUUGAGAGGCUCUGUAUUCAAGUAGGUCUACAAUCAGCAGACUUCGAAAAAAAUAAUAUUAAUGAUCAGAGAAACCUAAAAACCUGCCAGUCAGACUCAAAAGUUGAGGCUUGCAAAGAAAGCAUUCUUGGGGAGGAAAAGCAGAUUGAUCCCCCAGAAAUUGGAUGCGGCAGUGAUCAAGGUUAUGAAGAAACUGAUGUUCACAUGCAAGACUGUCAAUUAGAAGAAAUGGUAUCUGAAGAAUUCAAAAAUAAUGAACUGGCUGAUGGUUGCAGUGAACCUGUGGUCCGAGCCCCUAUCAGUCCUAAGCUUGAUGGACUCGACCAUCAGAGUCAUGCAGAGAACAAUAAUACAGAGGGUUCCAGCGGGCAGCCCAUUCAGGCCAUUCAGGAGAAUCUUUUUGUCUAUUCAGACCAUAAAUUGUCUGAAGUAUCGUCAGGCAAGGUUGAUGAGGCGAAAUCCUCAGCAGAUAUUUCCAUUGGUGGAGGUUCGGCAGACAUUCUCAUUGCAGAUCCAUCUCAUAAUUCUCCCAAGGGCUCUCCAAAUACUGUCCUUCCUUUGAACAUAAGUAUAGUGCCUUGUAAAAAUUCUCCAGUUCAUCAGUCCCCAACAUUGAGUGUUUCACCUAGAGUUAGUAACAGCAGCAGGAAAGGUCUUAAGACAACAUCAAUGUUAUCGGCUUCUCAGAAAGAUCUAAUAGAGAACAAUAAUUUAGGUCCAGAGGUUCUACAGUUCUCUCUUCCUCGUCCCUCAACUAAAACAAGCAAGAAUUCUCUUUCACCAACUGAAUACCUUGCUGCUAGUCUUCAUCGUGGUCUUCAGGUUAUUGAUAGCCACAUCCAGAGUUCAGCUUUGAGGAGGUCUUCAUUCAGAUUUUCUUGUAAACCUGUGGAUGUGAAGCCACUUUUACCAGUUGACAAGGUUGAUGUCGGUGUGCAAACUCUUUUUCAAGAUCCAGAGACACUGCAAGUUGAUUCAUCAGCAUUUAUCUGCAGUAAAUGUACAAGCAGAGCUUCUCAAGUAAAGUCCAAAGAGGCCAACGAUUGCUCAGGCCUAGAGCUGGUUCCUGUUAAAGAGGCCAAUGAUUGCUCGGGCCUAGAGCUGGUUCCUGUUGAUGGAUCAGAUUCCGCUGAAAAUUCCAGGAUACAAGUUCCUAAGGCAGUGGAAAAGGUCUUGGCAGGAGCCAUUAGGAGAGAAAUGGCAAUUGAAGAAUUCUCUGCCAAGCAAGCCGCCGAAAUUAUGCAACUGAAUCGUCUUGUCCAGCAAUAUAAACAUGAGAGGGAAGGCAAUGCCAUAAUAGAGCAGAUGCGGGAGGAUAAAAUUAUUCGUCUUGAGAGCCUCAUGGAUAGCAUUUUACCUUCAGAGGAGUAUAUGGAGCAAGAACUAGUAUCACUUAUGCAUGAGCAUAAGCUUCUUAAAGAGAAAUAUGAUAACCAUCCUGAGGUUUUGAGGACAAAAAUUGAGUUGAAAAGAGUACAGGAUGAACUGGAUAGCUGUAGAAACUUCUUUGAUAUGGGUGAGAGGGAUGUGCUGCUGGAAGAGAUCCAACAUUUGAGAAGUCAGCUACAGUAUUAUAUACACUCUUCACCCAUGCCUGCUCGAAAACAAAGUCCUUUGUUACAGUUGACCUAUUCAUGUGAGCCCACUUCGGCUACUUUAUGUGUGAUUCCUGAGUCAAAUGAGGAAAAUGCCAAUGAGAGGUCCGAGCAGGAGAAGCACCUUUCUUCAUGUAUUCUUGAGUCAACUGAAGAAAGUGCUGAGGAGAAAUUCGAACAGGAAAGGCGUUGCUGGACAGAGGCAGAGAGCAAGUGGAUUAUUCUUUCUGAAGAAUUGAGAAUUGAAUUGGAAGCAAGCCGCUCUAUUUCUGAGAAGCAGAAGCAGGAACUUGAUGCUGAAAAGAGAUGCUGUGAGGAGCUGAAGGAAGCAUUGCAGAUGGCAAUGCAGGGGCAUGCACACAUUCUUGAACAGUAUGCGGAGCUUGAGGAGAGACAUAUUGCAUUGCUUGCAAGGCAUCGAAGGAUCCAAGAGGGGGUAGGAGAUGUCAAGAAAGCAGCUGCAAAAGCAGGAGUGAAGGGUGCUGAAUCCAGGUUCAUCAACUCUCUAGCUGCAGAAAUUUCAACCUUAAAAGUGGAAAAAGAGAGGGAAAUGUGCUACUUGAGGGAUGAGAAUAAAGGACUUCAAGCUCAAUUAAGGGACACUGCAGAGGCAGUACAGGCUGCUGGUGAGCUACUUGUGCGUCUUAAAGAAGCAGAAGAAGCUGUGGCCAUUUCCCAGAAGCGAGCUCUAGAGGCAGAGCACAAUGCUGAGAAGGCCUACAAACAGAUUGAUAAAUUGAAGAAGAAACAAAAAACCGAGAAUACUUCUAUGAACCAGCUCCUUGCAGAAUCUCCGCUACCUAAAGAAGUAUUGAGACCUGUCAAUGAUGAUUCUAACUUGGAGAGAUAUGAUGGAGAGAUGUCCCUUACUGGUGCUGAUGAUCAGCAAUGGAGAGAGGAAUUUGUACCUUUCCACCAUGGCGAAGAUGGUGGGGAGCUCUCAAAACUAGCAGAGCCUUCAUGGUUCUCUGGGUAUGAUCGGUGCAAUGUAUAAUAGAAUUGUAAAUAAAAUUCAUGUAUUAAUACCCUCUGUUAGCAUGGUUUAAGAAAUUGGAAUUAGAUCAUGUGAUAAUCCUAUUCGAAUUGGAAUUGGCUGAGUCCAAACCCGAUUCCAAUUUCCAACAGGUUCUGUACCCCAUUUUUAACUCUCACAGUAUUAAUGUUUGAUCUUCAUUUUUUCCA